GCCGGGCCGCGGGAGGAGGCCCGGGACGGGCGCUGGCGGUGUCGGGCGGCGGGCUCGGGCGGACAUGGCGCUGCAGUUCGGCGGGGCGGGCGCGCCGGGCACGGCCGAGGAGCCGGCGCUGGUGGGGGGGAGCUUCGGGGCUGCGGACUCGUUCCCCAAGGACUUCGGCUACGGGGAGGAGGAGGAGGAGGCGGAGCUGGAGGGAGGCCCGGGGCCCGGUGGGCCCGGGGGCGGCGCGGGCGGGCCUGGCGGCGGCGCGGGCGGGGCGGACUCCAAGCCGCGGAUUCUGCUCAUGGGGCUGCGGCGCAGCGGCAAGUCUUCCAUCCAGAAGGUGGUGUUUCACAAGAUGUCUCCCAAUGAGACUCUGUUCUUGGAAAGUACCAACAAAAUCUACAAGGAUGAUAUUUCCAACAGUUCAUUUGUGAACUUCCAAAUAUGGGAUUUUCCUGGACAGAUGGACUUUUUUGAUCCGACAUUUGAUUAUGAGAUGAUCUUCAGAGGAACAGGUGCUCUAAUAUAUGUUAUUGAUGCCCAGGAUGACUACAUGGAAGCUUUAACAAGACUCCACAUUACAGUUUCAAAAGCCUACAAGGUCAACCCGGAAAUGAACUUUGAAGUUUUUAUUCAUAAAGUUGAUGGUUUAUCAGAUGACCAUAAAAUAGAAACUCAGAGGGAUAUUCAUCAGAGGGCUAAUGAUGAUCUUACAGAUGCUGGGCUUGAAAAACUUCACCUUAGCUUUUAUUUGACCAGUAUCUAUGACCAUUCAAUAUUUGAAGCCUUCAGUAAAGUGGUACAGAAGCUCAUUCCACAACUGCCAACCCUGGAAAAUCUACUUAAUAUCUUCAUAUCAAAUUCAGGCAUUGAAAAAGCUUUUCUCUUCGAUGUGGUCAGCAAAAUCUACAUUGCAACAGACAGUUCCCCUGUGGACAUGCAGUCCUAUGAAUUGUGCUGUGACAUGAUUGAUGUAGUGAUAGAUGUUUCCUGUAUAUAUGGGUUAAAAGAAGAUGGCACUGGAAGUGCUUAUGAUAAAGAGUCAAUGGCAAUUAUCAAGCUCAAUAACACAACAGUCCUGUACUUAAAGGAAGUAACAAAGUUUUUGGCAUUAGUUUGCAUUCUUAGAGAAGAGAGUUUUGAGCGCAAAGGUUUGAUAGACUACAAUUUCCAUUGCUUCCGCAAAGCCAUUCAUGAGGUUUUUGAAGUAGGUGUUGCCUCCCACAGGAUCUGCAACCAUCAAUCAAGCACCUCAAAUAUGAAAGCAGUGACUCACAAUGGCACACCUAGGAAUGCAGUCUAGAGGAGAGCUAAAGACCUUGGAUGGACUUGUCAGCUCUUCACUCCAAAGUUUUGUGGAACAAGAGAAGAGUAGUCUGAAAGCCUGGAGUAUGUUUCAGAGGAGAGCGGUCCUAACUGUGGAACAGCAGAUUGUAACUCACGUUGGGCAACUGAAACUACUGUGAAAAUACUUUGAGGCCAGUGGAGUUAGAAAUGCCAGUUUGAAAUCAGCUGUGUUGCAAAUGCAGUAGGUUUUCGGUUUGGAGUCCUCUUUUAACAGUCUGUGUCUGACUGCCUGGUCAAAACUUACAAACAAUUGAGUUGGGUUUUGUGUGAAACACUGAACAGUCACUUACUUGCUUAACUUUUUAAAUUUUUUUUUAAAUUAAUCUGUAGAAUAUCCUCUUUUGCUUAAGUUUACCUCCUGUCAUGCAAAAACAAAAUUGGUGUUAUUAAGGCUUGUGAAACUCAGGCUUUUUGCUUGCUGAGGCUGGUCUCACAAAUCAUUCCAUGAAGUAGUUCUUGUUCUUGCUGGUGUGCCCAUAGUUCCCAUGGAUUCUGUGCUUGUUAAGUGGAUACAAGGUAGAGAGCUCUGUUCUGGUGAUCAUGUGUUUGUUUAGAGAACUGACCUGGAGCUUCAUUUUAACAGACAGUGACACUUUGCUUUCAGACCACACUUCUUGGUAUGUCCCCUUUGAUGGAAGGGAAGGAUUAAAAUCAGAAAUAAACUACCUGCUCUCUUUUGCAAAAACAUGGAUGUUAUAAAUCUGUAUGAUUAAUCCUAUUCUUGAAACAACUGCAUGGCUAACUAAACUGAAAUGUCUGCCAUCUGUUGGAAUAAAGCAGCCACUUGCAGCUAUUCCCAAGCUAGAAAUGACAAAGUUACUGACAUUUGAUGGUGGAUCUUUCUCCACCCUCUGACUGAUAAUUGAGACAAUUCCUAGCAAAAUGUCUGAGGGUGUUAUUUGUGCAUGGCAAUUAAGUUCACUGUGCCAUAAUUAACUAAUAGUACUGGACUUUGGGAGUACAUUGAUUCUGUACUAUGGCAAACAGCCUCUUGUUUGUCGCUGUGCAAUCUGACUAGAAUAGUGGUUUUUCUGAUUUUGUGAAUGCUGCUGACUUUUUCAUACCGUGGGCAGUAUCUAUGAAUUCUUUAAUUUAUUGGCACUGCAGAUGUCAUUCUGUACACCAGCCUUGCUGUGCAGGAAGCCCAGGCACUGGCCCAUAAAGACCUUGCCUCCUUUUACCUGUCCCUGUGUAUGUAUAGGUGUUGCAAAGCCAUUGGACCAACUACACAAGUCCCACCACAAAAGUUUCUGCAAGAAGAAUUAAUUGAUCUCUGCAACUGUAUUUAUGUGGUCAGAAAUAACCAUGGGACUGCUUCUGUGCUUAUAGAAUGAAUUUCCAUUGAUCUAUGUAAAAAUGAAUAUCCAUGCAUUAACUUUGGGGUGUAUGCACAUACUGUGUAAAUGUAUUUUUUUUUUACAGCAGGAAACUGGAAUUCAAGUGCUCUAGGUCUGUUCUCUUAAAUCUAGGCUGAGCCCCUUUUUUGGUAAUGGAACUGCAGAGAUUCUUUUAAGUGCUGCAGGCUCAUAAGAUUGGGUUUUGUAGUUUGCAAGCACUAUCACAGUUCAGAUUCUGAAGGUAAGAGGAGAAUUAAUUGGCAAAAUAACAGGAAGAGAGAAUCCCCGUUUGUGUGGUGAGUUUUCCAUGUUCUAAGUACAUGUGUAUGUUCUCUUUCUUUUCACCCACUACAGGAUUUUGUGCUAAUAAAAUGAAAAAAAGAGUCAAACUGUAACACUGUUGUGUCUGCUUGUCUUUAUAGACAAAGGUCUAUAAAGGCCUGUGUGGUUAAGCAAGCUUUUAAAAGCCGUGUUAUCUUUAAGGUAUACUUAAAAAAAGUUAAAUACCACAUUCCCAUUUAUUCAGUCUUAGCUUUCAUCUUAAUUAAAAGCUGACUCAGAAGUGAACACUCAAUUUUCAGGUGAUGACUCUAGACAGUAAAGGCAUAUGAAUGAUCAAGUGACUUGUCCUUUUCAUUAAUAGAGACCUUUGUACUGUGUUCUGAAAUUCUGCCCUCUGGUGUGCAUGUUGUGGUGGCUUUCUGUGUUUUAAUUUGUUGCAGGGUUUUUGGCCAUCAUUUACCUUUUCUUUGAAUAGUUGUACCUGCUAAAGGUAAAUGGUAGCAUCUCAAAAAAUAAUACUGCCAUUUUCACUAUCACCUGCACAAUAUUAGCUCCAAAAGUUAAAUUUGUCUCUAGUAAGGAGUACAGUAUUUCUUGAGUUUACUGAACUAAGUCAGAUGCUGUUACACAGGGGGAGUGUUAAUAACCUAUUGCUGCUUUAAGUGAGAUGGGUUUUGGCUUCUGAAAUUUUUAUGGUGCCAGGGGGGAGGAGGGAUAGGAGUUAAGCUUCACUUUCUUCCUUGCGCAGGAACUUCUUUCCCUCCUGUGCUGACCUGCUGCAGGGAGAUCCUAUCAGAGAAAAGGGAAGGCAGUAUCACAGUGUCUCCUGUAAAAGCACUGAACUUGUGGAGGAAGCCAUCAAUUCAGGCUUCACCUUUCUGCCUUUUCCCCCACUUUUUCCUCCUCUGAACCUGUAGUGGUGUGGGUGUUCUGUGAUUUUUUGCAAACAGCUGAGGACGUGUAUUUUUAAGGAGAAUGGUGCUGACGGGAGGGCAUAGACAAAAUGGUAACCCAUCUGCUGAGAGAAGGAAUAAAAUCUGUUUCUGUUGAAGGAUAAA